AUGAAGCGCAAGGAACCGUUAUCCGCGGGCCAGGCCAGCGCUGCAAAACGCUCACGAGCACGGGUGGAGGUGCCCGACUAUCAUCUGACCCCAUCUGUGUGCGAUGAGGUGACGGGGCAGUCCAUAUGGCCAGCUCCAGAAGCCCAGAUGAAGCAAGCUAGGGAUAUCAUCCUUGAUUGUGCCCGUUCGCAAAAGCGGACAAUGAUAGUGCCGGACAAGGAUGCAGACGGACUCUCAUCUGGGGUCAUUCUACAUCGUACACUGAUUCUUCUGGGGCUCAAACCCGAGCUGAUCGAUGUGCAUCUGCUGAGCAAAGGUCAGACGGUUCACCAGGAACACGAACGAAAUGCCAUGGCUGCCAAAUCUCCCGAGUACAUCUUUGUUCUUGACCAAGGGUCCCGCAAGUCUGGACCUCUGAUAGAUGCACCCCACACCGGUUUGGUGAUUGACCACCACAAUGCCGAACUUGAAGACUUUCCCGAAGGUUCAUCUUUCUGUACCGCAAACAAAUCCCCGCCAGUGGUGACGUCUGCUCUCCUGACUUAUCUGCUGUGCGAGCCACUUCACGAAGGCGUCAGGGACGAGACCGACUGGCUAUGUGUAGUGGGAACGCACGGUGAUUUGGGUAAUACAAUCAAGUGGGAGCACCCUUUCCCUGAUAUGGCCCUUACCCUCAAGAAGUACACCAAGAAAGCGCUGAACGAUGUGGUCUCAUACGUAAAUGCACCUCGGCGGACAGCAACAUACGACGUCAGUUCUGCUUUCGACGCACUUCUCACGGCUGUGCAUCCCAAAGACGUCUUGAAACACUCAAGGCUACUCGCAGCUCGUCAAGAGGUCAAUGCCGAAGUCGAGCGAUGUACGCAUACAGCGCCCAAGUUCAGUCAGGAUGGUAAGGUCGCCGUGUUCAGAAUCAAAUCCGAGGCGCAAGUGCAUCCCGUAAUUGCAACGAGGUGGGCCGGUCACCUUCAGAGUAAAGCUCUCGAGAUUGUCAUGGUCGCCAAUGAGGGUUACUUGCCGAACAAGGUCAAUUUUAGCUGUCGGGUACCAAGAUGUGCCAAAGGCCGGGAUCCNCCCGUCGACAUCAUUUCGAGCCUGAUAGCAUAUGCCAGCUUGAAGCUGGUGAAGGAUGAGGAUGACGAUGCUGAUGGCAGUCUACCUAACGAGCCAGAGAUCUCACUGCUGGAACGAAUAGGAGACGACUUUGCUCGAGGACAUGUGCAAGCUAGUGGAGGCAUCGUCGACGUUGAUCAAUUCGAGGAGUUAAUGCACUUGAUGCGUGUUGGAGAGAAGAGAGGCAAGGCGCAAGCGUCAAGUCCACAGAUAGGAAAGAAGUCAAUUGAUGCAGGGCAGAGCAACAAACUCACAAGUUAUUUUGGAAAGAAGAAUUGA